AUGUCUUCUACUUCAGAAGCUUUAAUCCGCACUAAGGGAAUCCUCGUCACUCCGGCGAGUGUGUUUGUACCCUCAGAGACAUUUAUCUCCACAGCCACCACAAAGAUUAUUGAGAACGUUUUCGACCUGGGCCUUUCCUUCAUCGUAUCCAUAAUCGGUAUCGUCUCCAAUACCUUAGUUAUCGCCGUUUUCUGUAAACAAGGUUUCAAAGACAGCGUCAGCAUUUCUAUGACGACCAUCGCCGUAUGGGACUUGAUCAAAUCUUUGGGUGGCGCUAUGCAGAGAAUUGUGGGUCCCAUGGAGCUGAUAUCCCCGCCAAAAGCUCAGAGCUGGAGGAUUAUCUCCCAGGUUGUUUUUAGCUACUCGCUAAGCUUCUCCACCUACGUGACCAGCGCCCUUGCGGCGUACGUUGCUGUAGAGAGAUGUCUCUGCGUCUGUUUCCCCCUCCACGUCAAGUGGCUGCUCACCAGGAAAAUCUCCGCCUUCAUGUGCAUCGCGAUUUCUCUUGUGGUUUUUGGCGGUUUUUCUGUCAUGUUUGGAAUCUACGACAUUGUGUAUGUGUGGAAUCCUCGCUACAACGCCUCGGUGGCUAUCUACAAGUACAAUACAUUUGCCUUGGCCAACAAAGGUCCUCUGUUCCAAUACUACAACCUCAUCGGAGUCAUAUGUCCGUGUCUGAGUUUUGCUGUCAUCACGUUUUGCACCGGCGUCAUCACACAACGUUUGAGACAAGCUUCUAGCUUCCGAAAUAAAAACGAACUGGACGGAGGAGCCGAGAAGCAGCAGCUCUCUUCCCGGGACAGACAGGUGGUCAAGAUGUUGCUGGUCAUCAUAGCCAUCUACAUCAUCAGUUUGUUCCCUCGGAUAAUCAUCUACUUCGUCAAAAUCUUUGUUUACGAGUUUUACUUCCUGAGGAAGUACCACAACUUUAUCCAGGUGUCAAGUUACCUGUGUUUCUUCUUCGACCUCGUAAACGGCUCCAUCAACUUGUUCGUGUUCCUGGAAAUGAGUUCUUCUUUUCGAGCCACUUUCUUACAGAUGACGUCGGCCUGUCAGCCUAAAGCUAGAAGCCACAAGACCUGCAAAUGA